CGACGCCGCCGUCGAAUCAAAGAUCAGUUUUUUCCUAAUUUCUUCUUGCAUUAAUUAUCCUUGAAAAUUCUGUCCCAGAAAUUUUCAAUUAUCUUCUUGAAACUUGUUUGGUUCUUCUAUUCUAGAAGUCCCAACUUCACAAGCUCCACACUGAAUUUCCGAUUCAAAUCGCAUUUGGUUUUCUAUGCUUUUGUCUGGAAAGGCGGAAAGCAUUGGAAUUCGAAUUAGGGUUUGUUAAGUUUUUUGGGGUCCGGAAGAAAUUUAUUUGAGAGGGAAGAAUUGAAACCGAAUGCUUAGGCUCGGAUUUGGUACAGUAUCGCGUAAUCCGGAAGAUCUUCUUCUUCGUUCUUCUGCAUCAAUCUCAUCCUACACCCCUCUUCCUCAUUAUCGGUAGGGUUACGGGAUUGGCAUAGUGGAACCCUAGAAUUUAACCGUUUAAGAGGGUUUUCCAAACAAAAGGCUUCCAUUCCAUCUGGAAUUUAAUUUACUUCAAUUCCACUGCAGCAAUAGUUUGCAGACAGGCCGCUUAGUAUCUCUAAUAUAUCAUAAUGAAUGCCCCAAUUAUAGAUCCACUGCAGGGGGAUUUUCCAGAGGUCAUAGAAGAGUAUCUGGAGCAUGGAACCAUGAAAUGCAUUGCAUUUAACCGUAGGGGAACACUUCUUGCUGCUGGAUGCUCUGAUGGAAGCUGUGUUAUAUGGGAUUUUGAGACCAGAGGAAUCUCAAAAGAACUCAAAGAUAAGGAUUGUGUUGCUGCAGUCACUAGUGUAUGCUGGUCAAGAUAUGGCCACCGCAUACUUGUAUCCGCUGCAGAUAAAUCUUUGAUGCUCUGGGAUGUUGUCAAAGGAGAGAGGAUAACGCGCAUGACCCUUCAACAAACCCCGUUGCAAGCUCGUUUACAUCCCGGUUCCUCUACCCCAACUACUUGCUUGGUGUGCCCUUUGUCAUCCGCUCCAGUGAUUGUUGACUUAAACACUGGAAGCACAAUUGUGCUUCCCGUCUCAACUCCUGAUGCAGGGAAUGGACUUACACAGCCCUCGCGCAAUAAAUUUUCGGAUGGAUCUGCACCUUUCACGCCCACCGCAGCCUGCUUUAACAAGUAUGGAGAUCUGGUUUAUGUUGGAAAUUCCAAAGGGGAAAUACUUAUACUUGACUAUAAAACGGUCCAGGUGCUUGGUAUUGUUUCCAUUCAAGGUAGUGCUGUGGUAAAGAAUAUUGUAUUCAGCAGGAAUGGACAAUUUCUUUUGACAAACUCUAACGAUCGCAUUCUCAGGAUUUAUGAGAACCUUCUUCCUUUGAAAGACGGGCUUAAAGGCAUAUGCAAUGCAAGUGAUAACUUAAAUGAUCUAGAAGGGAUAGAGAAAUUGAAAGCUGUAGGGUCUAAGUCUUUAGCCUUAUUUAGGGAAUUUCAAGAUUCCAUCACCAGAGUGCACUGGAAGGUGCCAUGUUUUAGUGGUGAUGGAGAGUGGGUAGUUGGUGGUUCUGCUAACAAAGGAGAGCACAAAAUCUACAUUUGGGAUAGGGUUGGACGUCUUGUUAAAAUACUUGAAGGCCCAAAGGAAGCGCUGACAGAUUUAGCAUGGCAUCCUGUCCACCCUAUUGUUGUUUCAGUUUCACUACCUGGGUUGGCCUAUAUUUGGGCUAAGGAUUAUACUGAGAACUGGAGUGCAUUCGCUCCAGAUUUCAAAGAACUUGAGGAGAAUGAAGAGUAUGUAGAAAGGGAAGAUGAGUUUGAUCUGGUGCCUGAAACAGAAAAGGCUAAAGAGUCAGAUGUUAAUGAAGAUGAAGAAGUUGACAUUGUGACCGUGGAGAAAGAUACAACUUUCAGCGACUCUGACACAUCUCAGGAUGAAAUACUUUUCUUGCCAGUUGAUCCUACGCCUGAUCAUCUUGAGCAGCAGGACAAGUGUGUUGGUAGUACUUCAAAGCCAGGGGACAGCAAUCAGUCAGGAUCCCCUCAUUCAGAAGAGGCUGAACAGAACGGCCGAACUUCUAACCAUGAAGCCAGUCCACCUGAAGCAUUGGAUAAUUCUGCUGCCGAAGAUACAAGUGCAAAAGGGCUGAAGAGGAAAAGGAAGCCUUCCGAGAAGGUAUUGGAGUUGCAGGCUGAGAAGGUUAAAAAACCAUCUCAGAAGAAAACAUCUGGUAAACGUCAAAACUAGAAGUAAUGUACAGUUCAAGAGGGAAUCAUUUUUUGAAACUUUUGUGGCGGAAGACAUAUGUUUGCUUUAUUGUAUCAUUGCCUAAUCCUACACUAGGAGAACCCUUAGUCCCUUCUUCUGUUUUGUGGAAGGUUCUGAAAAUUUGACCCCACAGUAUCACCCUUUCUCAACAACUAAUGUUCGUGCUAUGUAUUUAUUUAUUGAAAAUGCAAUUCUUUAUCAAUGCAAUCUUAUUUAAUGAAAAUAAAAUUCUUGAUCAAUU